AUGGAGAAGCACCACAUGAUGAUGAACUUUUACUCGCCGGAGAAUAUUUCUCCGUCGUCGGCGUCGUCGUCUUCUUCGUCGGAGCAGGAUUCCAGAAGGGUCCGAAAAUCCAGCGUCUUUUACUCCGACGAGCGGGAGUUUUUGACAGUGGAUAACGACCCGCCUCCGCCGUCGCCGCCGCCGGUGAGUUCUGUGGUUUCGGACACAACCAGCGAAGAAGACGUGGCCAACUGUUUGAUGAUGUUGUCCAGAGACAAAUGGAAUAAUAAUAAUAAUAGAGAGGAAUAUUCCGGCGGAAUCAAAGUGGUGAAGAAGAGUUUUAAAGUUAGGGGAGGCAAGUACAGAUGCGAGACGUGUGGGAGGUUGUUCAGGUCUUAUCAGGCGCUCGGUGGGCACAGGGCCAGCCACAAGAAGGCCAGGGCGGCGGCGCGUG